CACAUGUCGUGGGGAACAAAUAAUAUAUGUAUAUAAGAUAGAAACAAGAAAACAAGAUUCAACCACUUCAGUACAAAACCAGAUAUCAACAUGCUGCAUUCACUUUCUUCUCUAUUCUUACUAGCCACAGUUACCAUAAAAGUAGAAGGAUUUUUUAAUUUUGGACAACCGAUAGCAGGAACAACUCCACAAGUUGGCAAUGGAGGUUCUCCAUCUAUAGGUUUCCCUUUUAUGGGUCCUGCAGGACCACCGCCAUCACAAGCACCGAUGAUGACAUUACAGCAAGCAAGAGCAGGACCUACAGUAGAGGAUAUUUGUACUGCACAUGCAAUGAACCCAAUGGUUGGAACAGGUCACCUUUCUGAUGUUGUUGGUACAGAAAUAACCAAAAGAGCACAACUUUUAAGACUCGAUCCUACAUUGGCCGGUACAGGAAAAUGGAAAUGUGCCGCUCAGUUUUAUGCUUCAAAGUAUCCCGCAACCGAACUAGCCAAUAAGUUCGGUGAUUUGAUAGAUAGUACCGGAUGUAACCGAUUUACCUGUCAUCCAAUGUGGGGACCCAAACCAAUACCUAGGGGUGGAAUGAUGAGCGCACUCUUGAUGAGUUCUUUGAUGGGAAAUCAACCUGCACAGCCACCAAUGUUUGUUCAACCAGCUGCCAAUCCACCAAUGUUUGGUCAACCAGUUGCUAACCUACCAAUGGUUUCUCAACCAGCAGCCAACCCACCAAUAGCUGCUCAACCAGCAGUCAACCCACCAAUGGUUGCUCAACCACCACCACCUGCACAACCGGUAUCGCCACCAGUUCAAUCAGUUCAUCAUCCACCACAACAAACCAAUGGCCCAGCCCCAUCAACAAAUACCAAUAUCAAUAAAAUUUUGGAGAAUCCAGCUUUUCAGCAGCAGCUAAUGACUCUGUUCAGUCAAUUUCUGGAUAAUAAUCCAACACGUACAAAUAAUAGGCAAGCCACCAAUCAACGGCUUUGGGGUUUCUAGAAUGUAACCACAGAUUAAGAGAGAACCCAGUCAUCAUAAAGAUCUGCUUAACAGAACUGUAAUAUGAAGUGUAAUAAAUGAUUAAACAACAUAUUUUAAUAAAUAUUGUCCAAAAUAUG